UAGACAUGUUGGAGUGCGCGUUGCGCCAAUUGUGUUUGACGGCAGUCGCUCGGAAGCAGGUGCGUUGUGCGCGCGUGCGUUUAUUGAACAACUGAUAAUAACAACGCGGUUACUUGACGCCUAGUCACGAAUAAUCGGACAGAACCCAUAUACUUGCUCACUGUGCUGUGAUCGACAGGACCAAUGAAGAUGACUGUGAAUCGAAUAAGAGUGGUGGUGCUCGGAAGCGCACGAUGCGGUAAAUCGGCUGUGGUCGUUCGGUACUUAACGAAACGGUACAUCGGGGAAUACAGUUCGACAGGCGAUUUCCUGUAUCAACAUCGGGCCGCUUUCGAUGGAGUCUCGUCAGAAGUGGAAGUCCUAGACACAUGUGGGUGCGCAAAACGCGGUUGCCUAGCGGAACAUCUGCGAUGGGGCGAUGCAUUUGCAAUCGUAUAUUCCGUUUGUGACCGGAGGUCAUUUGCCGCCGCCGCUGAGCUGCUUGCAUUGCUGGAGAGGACUAGGUUGCCUGGCUGUACAGCUGUCACUUUGUUAGGAAAUAAAAGGGACUUGGAGCACGCAAGAGUCGUCAAAGCAGAAGAGGGCCAGGAGUUAUCGUUGCGGUUUAGAUGCCAGUUCUAUGAGGUGUCUGCGGCGGAAUCAUCUGCGGGCGCUGCACUGGCAUUCCAGGCAUUGCUCCGAGAAGCACGUGCUAUAGCACUCCUGCUACCAACACCCCGACGGAAACUCGCCGCUUACUCUGUCUCGAAGGUAAUCGGUUCAAUUCUUGGAUUAAGUAAUAAGAGCGUGAGGAAGAAACGGCCAUCACUCAGCAUAUGAUACGUUUUUCUACAUAUUUUGGCUCUGUUUACUCCGUGGUGGAGUUGUCAUUUCUGCAUAGCAUCAGAAGGAUGUUAAUCCGUGACUUUUGAUGCAUGGAAUCUAUGAAAAGAUUUGAAGAAGGCUGGAAAGGUUUCAGGAGACGGAUAUUAUGGUGUGCAUAUUUACCUGGCAGGCGGUUUGCUGGAUUAUGUAUAUAGAUGUUAUUAAAGUCUCAAUGAUUUGUUUCGUAUUUUGUAUUUCUCUUAAAGACGUUAUAACGUCUCUUUCUAAAUGAGUUUGUAAGUAUAUAAAUACUUUUAAUGUAGUAAUAAUUUUAUUGUCUAAUUGCUAAUUGCUUUUACG